AUGUCGGUCGCAAGCAAGAACCUGUUCGAGCUCCUCGGCAACGAUGCCGAGGAUGACACUCCUCAGGCGCCCGUGAAGACGGUUGAGAAGAACUCUCUGCGCUCUACCAAGCGCGGCGUCGAGCCCGAGGCCCCUGCCCGUACCCCCGCUGGCAAUACCGGUGGUGCCCGUCGCAACAACGCCUCCGGCAACGAGGCUGCCUUCCGUGACCGCGGUGCUGGCAGCGACCGCAACCGUGGCAAGACCACCGACGAGCCUGCUAGAGGCGGCCCUCGUGGCGGCUAUGGUGCCCGCGCCCGUGGAGGCCGCGGUGGACGCUUCCCCCGUGAGCGUGAUGACCGCCAGUCUAAGGGUCUCGCCAGCGGCUCCGAGAAGCAGGCUGCCCAGUCUUGGGGCGCCACCGAGGGUGAGGCUGAGCGUAAGGACGAGGUUGCCGGCGAGGCCAUUGCCCAGGCUGAGGCUAAGGACGCUGAGGCUGAGGCCGCCGCUCCCAUCGAGCCCGAGGAGCCCGAGGAGAAGCAGGUCUCCUACACCGAGUACCUCGCCCAGCUGGCCGAGAAGAAGCUCGCUAUUGAGGGCAACACCAAGGUCCGCGAGGCCAACGAGGGCACCAAGCUCAAGAAGGAGUGGGCUUCCGCCAAGGAGGUCACCCGCGAAACCGAUGACACUUUCAUGAUCGGCACCGGAGGCAAGACCAAGCGCGAGCGUGAGCGCAAGACCAAGCAGCUUCUGGAUAUCGAUCAGCGCUACGUCGAGCCUGAGCGCUCUUCCCGCGGCGGUGCCGGUGGCCCCCGUGGUGGCCGUGGCGGUCCCCGUGGCGGUGCCCGCGGUGGUGACCGUGGUGACCGUGGCGGUCGCGGACGCGGCGACGGUGCCCGUGGCGGUGCUCCCCGCGGUGGUGCUCCCCGCGGCGGCCGCCCCCAGGGUGCGCAGAUCAACACCAAGGACGAGUCUGCGUUCCCUAGCCUCGGCAAAUAA